UGAGAGAUCAAAAUUGAUGCACUCUUUCUCGAGAUCAGAGGAAUUAAUAAUUCUCCGAUUGAAAUACAAGGAAUUAUGAUGUCAUAAUCGAAAGUUGAAAUACUGAGAGGGCAUAGAGCUUCCAUAUUCAAGUCUCAACAUCAGAGGAGUUGAAAUUCUGAGAACUGUGUCGUCAGACUCUAACAAAAGUUGAAUUCCUAAAAGGAUAAAGCUUCUAUCCUCAAUUCUCAACAUCUCAGAUAAGUUGACAUUCUGAGAAGCCUCUUCUGCUCUAGUUUCACAAGCUGAAUUUCGAAAAUGUUGAAACUCUGAUAUCACAGAUUCAGAAAUCUUCAACAAAAUUUGAAACUCGAACAGAGUCAACAAACUCUACGAAAAGUUGAAAUUCUGAUAGUUGAGAGCUCGUGUACUCAACUCUGAAGAUCAGAGAGUUCAGAAAAGUUGAAAUUCCUCAAUCAACGACGCGAGAAGCUAUCGAUUUCGGUGAACCCAAGUGAGAACCCGGUGUCAGAUCACCCAAGUUAUCAACUCCUGUCAGAGAUUAGAGCCUCGAAUGGCUCCCGGCGCCUUGGAGCUAAGACGCGCUAAUAGUGCAACAUUCGCCAAACGCAGUGCGCUUCGAUCCGGAGAUUUAGAGCAAGGACGCAGCGUCACUAAGUAACUUUGUUUCGACGUCGGGCGAAAUGAAUGGGUUGCACGUUGCCGUGAGAUCGACGAUCCAUCAGACGAAACUGCAUAUUCCUCGGUCGUUCGUGCGAGAGGAUAUCGCGUGCACCGUUCACGGAAUCCGCAACGCGAUGACGUUCAGGUGCGCCGUUAGGCGUGCCUUAUUCGUUGACGAUGCGCUCGCUGGGAUUAUUUAACGACUUUUACCGCGGUAUGACUUCGUCCCGUAUCCUACGGAUGUAAAUCAAGUGUUCGUCAGCUCGUUGUCGGGGCUGCGCGAGGCGUUUUGGAACGGAGAGAUGGACAGACAGAGGCAACCACCAUGCAGAGAAGAGAACGGGGAAGAAGCAGGCAGGAUGAAAAAGGGAGUCAGAACGACAUCAAGAAGCUGCGCAGGGAGAACGAGCAGCUGCGUAGGGAGAUAUGGAGCCUCCGGGACGAGUACGACAAGCUCGAGGAGAUCCUGAAGAGGCAGAAGAGCCGCGAGGGAAGCGAAGAAUACGAGGAUCGCUCCGAAGAGGAUGAAGAUGAACAAUCCCAAUACUCCUUCGAGCAAGACGAGGAGUUCGAGCAGGACGAGAACGAUCAGGACGAGAACAAGAAUCUCAACAAAGCCGAGCAACUAGAGAACGCGGAGAACCAGAAGAUCUCCUCGGAGAAGAUGACCAACAGCGUGCACAGGCUGCACGUGGACUUCGACGACCUGUCGGUGGUCGACGAGGAGGAAGAACUGAAGAAGGAAAAGGAAAAAGGCUCAUCGGAAGAUGGCCAGCAGCAGAAAGAGGAAAAAGGUCCCCUGCUAAUCCUGAAGCCCAGGCACCUCCACGAGAACAUCCCCUUCUACCCUGGCACGUACAAACCACCCGAGCUGAGCGGUCCCAGUUACUAUGCAGACUGUCCGUUCAAGUUCCCAAGUACCCUGAACCUGAUGAUGCCUUCAGACGCGACAGAAAUGGAUUCCUCGUGUCCCAUGUUGGACACGGACCCGUUGCUCCCCGUUCCCAGUAUGACUGCUCUGAGCAUGGACCAGAUCAACGAUCAGAUGUUGCAUGCACCGCCUAUAGGCUGGCAGAACAACAUCAUGAUUCCUCAGAAGCAGAUGACGAGCUAUGGAACACCGGAAGCUACCAUGUCACCUGAGAUGCAGCUGUUCAACGAGAUCCAUCAGGAACAACAACGACUUGCCUCAGCGGCAGACAGGUUCUCCAACUUCCAGAACUUGCUUUACACAAGGAACGUUGGCCUAAAACAACCAGGCGUCUUUCUCAACUCUUCGCCUUUUGGAGACCCACGUUCUAACGCUGAGAAGGUCGUCGAAAACGGUUGGAGUUUCCACAUGGACCCGAAACUGAUGUGUUCGAAGGAUCAGGGCUCCAGCGACUCGAAGAAGGACGUGGAGAAGCGUAAGCACUUCUUCGCGCCGCUACCUUCGAAACUGAAGAAACGAACCGACGAGCCCUCGCCAACUACCAGCCAUUUUGGAACCGCGAACAGCUCCAGCAGUGGCAAGACCGAGUCCACGGUGGUGUCCAAGAACCAAUUCGCGUUUCAGAAGGGAUCUGCUGACAUCUACGUGAACGGAGCUGUGCCCUGCGAGAGCAACGGUCAGAGAAACAUGGCGGAACAGAAGACGUUUCUGAGCACGGACAACCUGCUGAUCACCGACGACAGAUCGAACGCUGGCAACCAACUGACCAAGUCGAUGUCGUGCCAGGACCUAACCAGCGAAUCCCAGGCUGCCUCGAUCGGCCAAUCCGAUGGCAAACAGCCGACACUGACUCAGAGCGACAACACCUUGGACAACAUAACGGAUUCUAAGCCGUUCAAGUCGUACUUGAGCGUGACCCUGAAGAGGCCUCGCGUCAAAGUAGCGGUCAGCCCCGAAACUCCAGAGAUCCCCAAGCUACCUGCCGUGGACUACCGAAUUUUUAAGAACCCUUUCCUACGUACUUUCGACCCAACUUGCAGCUACGCGGACAAAAACAACGUUACCAGGCCAUUGUCGGUUCAGGUGAACGACGACAAUUUGUGUUACUACCCAACGCACCCUGACGCCUCCACUCUUCACAGAGGAGUCCAUCUUGGCGAACGGUACAGGCCCGUCCAACCCGAUCAGAAUCGUCUUCUGAUCCCCUCCAAUCAACUGGUCAACGGAAAGCUGAUGUCACCGGUGAACAAACACGAGAUUCAAGUGACCUCCUUUGAGAAACCGAGUCCCCACACUCUGAUCGGCCCGUCGACACCGUACAAGCUCAGCACCCUUCAGAGACUGAACACGAACCCGUAUCUGCAGAGUCAGAACCUGUACCAAAACACACCCUUCGUCCCAAGAGGUGGCAUGUAUACGCAGAGGGGGAUGAUGUACUAUGACAACUUGGCGCUGAAGGUGCCAGUCCAGACGCAGACCUCCAUAGACGGGGACUCCCAUCACGAGGACGAGCAGACCUUCUCUCACGAGGAGAGUGCACCCACCACACCGAGUGGUCUGCGUCGAAAGAGGAUGAUCAGGAAGGAGAAGAAUGCUGUGAUCAAGGAGCAGAAGCCCAUGUCGCCGAUAGCCCAGAGGAGGCUCAAGAAGCAGAGCAGCUCCACGUCCACGGAGGUGCCGGAGUCACCUGGCAAGGUGACGCGAAAGAAGCCCAGAAGGCUCAGCGUCACCACGACGGUUACGUCAGAGGGCCAGGAGGACAAGCACGAGAGCAGAUCGUCUUCGUCGGGCCAGGACUCGCCGAAGAAGGACCAGAUCAGGAGGAUGUCGUUGUACUUCAACGCGAAGAAGAGGCCCUCCCUGGCGUCCGUGAAGACGGUCAGAAGCGGAAGUUUGGACACCUCGAAAGAGAAGGACGGGAUGAUGAAUUCGGAAAGGGAGAGGACGAACUCCAUCAGCAGCAGGGAUACGCCUGGCGCCAAGGCGAGGAAGACCAGCACGAGCAGCAACAGCGUACCUUGGUGUGCUUGUUGGGGCAACGGGUGUGUUUAAAAUAACCGGUGAUCUCGUCAGCGGGAGCUAAAAAAAAAGGAAAAGAGUCAGUAACGUAACUCUGCCUUAUCGACGAUCGGUCGAGAAAUGUACAUAGUCGAACACUUGCGAGAGAGCGUAGCCCUCUGGUGGCAAGUGCGGGAAGUGUCGCUCGGAAUGGAGUUGAACUUCGGAACACUCGAUUCUAGUCAAUUUUUAGAGUUUAAUGGACGUCGAACGAUCGAUCAUGUCGAUAUCGAGAUCGCGGGUGUAAAUUUAGCUCGUAGACUCGAUUAGUUCUAGCUUUAACGGUGAGUUAUUUAUUGUAUUGGCGACCCGAUCGGCGCCAUUUAACUGAUUAAUGCGAAACUAGUUUCUCGCGUAUAUCGGGAGAUUGAUAUCGCGAACUUGAUCAGAACUUGAGGAUAUUAUGCUGGUAAUUAAUUUUCGCGAGUUUCUAAGCGAGAUAAACCGUCGUCGAGGAAUCAAGUUUCGAGCGGCGGCGCGCAUUGCGAAACCAGGACCGGACGAGUAAUCAAAAGUAUGGGUAGCUAAAUGAAAUAUCGACCAGACUACGAUACACUCUAUGAGGAGCCGUAUCGACCUUUGCCGCAAAUAUAAGGGAACCGCUGCAGCCAAUCGCGACGGUCGUAAAAGUAGCAACGACAGAACCAGGACACCAUAAACCUGUUACUGUUCAGGUGACGCUCGCUACGGAGGUGGAUUCCUGCCAAGAAUACGGGAGCGCGGUCUGUUCUCGAUAUUCAAGGCAGACGUGGAUCGAAUUAAAUUUUCAAAAUUAAUAUUUAACGAGCACACCACGGAGAAGAGACUCACCUCCUAAUUACCACUGUGAAAGUUCUUUCGAAUCAUGGCAGAGGUCGAAGAUUAUUUUUUACCGAUUAUUCUUCACGCUGUUCUCGCGUGGGACUACAAAAUAAAAUGGAGUUCUUACUCUUUCAGUACUAACCAUUCGUUGUAUGUUUCGUUUAUAGCCAUAGGAAACACUGUGGAGUGACUAUAGUUGUCAUCCAUGCAUUUACUUAGCGUUAAUACCAUUUGUGUAUAUAUUAUCGUUAAAUUUGCUUGUUAAGGUUUUUAAGUUAUUAUCGUAAAAUGUAGAAGACGACAGACAUUUUGAAAAAUUGUAAAUAUAUCAUUCUUUGAGCCAAACUCCUGUAUA